CUCCGGCCUCUCCCGGCAAAUCAUUAAUCGGCUCCUCGGCAUUCCCGCAUGGAAAAAUGCCCCAGCGGGUGCCCCCGGCCUGGCACUCGGACAUGCCGCUGCCCGGGAAGCUGCUCCUGUCGGCGGCCGCGCUGCUGCUCCUCUCCCUGGCCUUCAGGUUUUAUAGGAACCGCUCGCCUCCCCCCGGGAAAAUCCCACCGGGAGAGCAGCGGGAAAACCGGGAUGGGGAUGGGGGUCUGAGGAGGAGGAGGAGGAAGGAUGGGGCGGACAAGUGUGGGAAUGGCCCCGGGAUGCAGCACGAGGGUCUCCGGGGGGAGCAGAGCUUUCCAAGUAAUGAGGAGGAGGAGGAGGAGGAGGAGGAAGGAGAAGAGAUGGGUUCGGAGCUGAUUCCCAGCAAAGCCCCGCUCAGUCCGGCCGGGAUGGAAAGGGAGUUGGGAAGGGAACUGGGAUGGAAGUUGGGAAUUAAAUCAGAAAGUGAAACAGGGGUUGAGCUGGGGAGUGAUCCUGGGAGCAGGACGGGAAGCGAGCAGGGAAAAGAGCCGGGAAGUGAGCUGGGAAGUCAGCCAGGAAGCAAAUCGGGAAGCAGGCUGGGAAUCAAGCCGGGAAACACUCCAGGAAGAAAGCCAGGAAGCAAAUUGAUAAUGAAGCCAGUUAAUGAGUUGGGAAGUGAGCAGACAAACGAGCUGGGAAAGAAAUUGGGAAUUAAGUCAGGAAUCGAGCUGGGAAAUGAAGCGGGAAGCAAGCUGGAAAGUGAGGCAGGAAUUGAGGUGGGAAGUGAACCAGAAAGCAAGCUGGGAAGUGAGCCGGGAAGCAAGGCAGAAAUUUUGCUGGGGAGUGAGCCGGGAAUUCUGCUGGGAAGCGAUCUUGGAAGCAAGGCGGGAGUCGAGGCGGGAAGGGAGCCGGGAAUGUCGCUGGGAAGCGAGCUGGGCUCUCACGACCCCGGGGCCGGGGCCGCAGCCCGAGGCAGCCCCGCAGGGAGGGACGCAGCUGCUCCGAGCUCCGGGAGCUCCCCGGGGAUUCCCGACGCCCGGACAGAGGGGGAUGGAUGCGCCCAGAGCACGGAGCGGGAUGCGGCUGGAGCAGGGAGGAGCAGGGAGGGCAGCACGGGGUCAGUGCGGACCCUCAGCGUCACCUCCAGCCUGGGGCUGCUGCUGACGGCGAGCGAGGUGGGCUCAGACACCUCCUACUGCUUCUCCUCGGUGGCCAAGAUCCAGGUGGAGGAGAACUUCAUCCCGGAGCGCCAGGACAAGGACAGGGACAGCCCGCCCAGGCCUGGCCUGCGGGGCAAGGUCUACGACUACUUCGUGCAGUCCAGCUCCGAGUCGGUGUCCAAGCAGACGUCCCUGCCCUUUGUCCCUGCGGGGACAUCCCAAUGUCACAGGGACAGGGACCAGGCAGAGCCACAGAGCUCCGGAACCCAGGGGGAGAAUCCAGCUUUGGAAAUUCCUGAUCCCGACACCACCUCAGCUCCACAGGAGGGCACGGAGAACCUUCCAGAACCACCUUCUCCCGGCUGGAAGAGCGGCACCCCCCAGCUCCCACUGCCCGGUGGGGCUCCAGCUGCGGGUCCUGAGCCAUCUCAGGCGUCACCACCCGCCCAGGUGCACCUGGGGAACUGCUCCGAGGUUCUGCGUGCGGCCAAGGCUCAGCAGCUGCGGGCCCUGCAGGACGCUGCCCUCCAGGUGAUGAGCGCCAACCUCCUGCAGGCGCUGCGCUCCCCGAACAUCUACGGCCGCCUCAAUGCCGGCGAGCGGGAGCUGCUCCCGGCGCUCCGGAGCCGCGGGCGGCCGCGCCUGGUGGUGGCCGAUGUCCCCCCGGCCGAGCCCGGCCACCGCCGCGGCCGCCUCUGCUACUACGACGAGGACGGGGACCGCUGGUGCCAGCUGUGCCAGCUGCCGGCCGGGGUGGCCGGGCGGGGCUGUGCCGCGUGCUCCAUGUUCAAUUACCUGUUCCUGGCGCCCGGCUGGGAGGGGACAGGCCGGGCGCGGAGCCCCUCGCGCCGCGUGCUCUGCUACGACCCUCUGAGGGACAGCUGGUGUGACAUCUGUCCCCUGCGCCAGGCACGGCCACACUGCCAGCUGGUGGCCCUGGACGGGCACCUCUACGCCAUCGGGGGCGAGUGCUUGGCCACCGUGGAGCGCUACGACCCCCGGCGCGACCGCUGGGCCUUCGCCGCCGCCCUGCCCAGGGACACCUUCGCCGUGGCCCACGCGGCCGCCGCGUGCGACGGGGACAUUUACGUCACCGGGGGCACGCUGCGCUCGCUGCUGCUGCGCUACGACGCCCGCGGGGACAGCUGGGCCACCAGCCCGGCCGUCGGUGACAAGGACGGGACGGCCGAGCUGGUGAGCGCCCACGGGUUCCUGUACCGCUUCCAGCUGCGGCGCGGCGCCGGCGGCACCGAGGUGGCCGUGUCGCGGUGCAGCGCCAGCGCCAGGCUGUGGUACCGCUGUGGCAGCCGCCCCCUGCCCGAGCCGGCCGGGCUGCGCUGCGCUGCUCUGGGAGGCCUCGUUCAUUGCCUGGGUCGUGGUUUCCAUCUCCGCUUCCUGGCUGACCCCGUCUCGCCGCGCUUCGGGGCCAAGGAGCUGAGGCCCUUCCCGGAGCCCCACGGGAGCCUCCUGCCCGCGGUGCUGGUGCUGCCCGAGGGGGGCACGGAGACACCGCGGCCCUGAGGGGUCCCCGAGGAGUGGUGGCAGCUGGAGAAGGAGCUCCUAGCCCGACGUGUGCAAUCCAAGCCCUCCAUGGACCCGACUUCUUCCCAUACCCGUGAUGCAGGAAGGGAUCAAACCCUUGGAUCCGACCUGUUCCCACUGCCCAGGCUGGAGGAAGGGAUCAGAUCCUUGGAUCUGACCUGUUUUCACUCUCCGGGAUGCCGGAAGGGAUCAGACCCCUGGAUCCAACCUCCUCCCACCCCCUGGGAUGGAUCAAAGAAUCAGAUCCUUGGAUCCAGCCUCUUCCUACUGCCCAGGAUGCAGGAAGGGAUCAGACCCUUGAAUCUGGCCUCUUCCCAGUCCCUGAGAUGCAGAAAAUAAUCAAACCCUUGGAUCCGACCUGUUUCCGCUCUCCAGGAUGCAGGAAGGGAUCAAACCCUUGGAUCCCACCUCUUAGCACUUCCUGGGAUGGAGAAAGGGAUCAGAUCCUUGGAUCCAGCCUCUUCCCACAGCCCAGGCUGGAAGAAGGAAUCAGACCCUUGGAUCCGGCCUUUUGCCACUGUCCAGGAUGCAGGAAGGGAUCAGACCCCUGGAUCUGGCCUCCUCCCACCCCCUGGGAUGGAGAAAAGGGAUCAGAUCCUUGGAUCCGGCCUCUUCCUACUGACCAGGAUGCAGGAAGGGAUCAGACCCUUAGAUCUGGCCUCUUUCUGCUCCUUGGGAUGGAGGAAGGGAUCAGAUCCUUGGACCCAGCCUCUUCCCACUGCCUGGGACAGAGAAAGGGAUCAGAUCCUUGGAUCCGGCCUCUUCCCAUGUCCCAGGCUUGAGGAAGGGAUCAAACACUUGGAUCGGGCUUUUCCCCCACUGCCCAGACUGGAGGAAGGGAUCAAAAUCUUGGAUUGCGCCUCUUCCCACACCCCGGGCUGGAGGAAGGCAUCAAACCCUUAGAUCCAGCUUUUCCCCACCCCCUGGAAUGGAGAAAGGGAUCAGAUCCUUGGAUCCAGUCUCUUCCCACACCCCGGGCUGGAGGAAGGGAUCAAACCCUCGGGCGCUGCCGGGAAUCGCAGCCCGGAGGAGGCUCCGGGAAGAGCCGGGAGGAGCUGGGCGGGCUCGUUUGCUCAGGGGAGGUCAAACAAGGCCAUGUUUGUUUGGGCGGCAGCAAAUCCCGGAUCUCCGCGGGCUCCAGCUGUCCGGACACCCUUCAGGACCAAUUCAGACCUGAUUUAGACCCGACUUAGGCUCCAGGUGGGGAACGUUGACCCGGACACGGAUGAGGAGUGGUUUAGGGUGGAGGUUGCUGGAGUUCUACCAGCAUCGCUGGGACACCUCACUCACGCUGGGAAGAGUUCGGGGCUGGCCUCGUUAUCUCUUAUCUCGUUAUUCCUCUCCUCCUCCUGAGAGCGCACUUGUCUGUGUUUAAUCUCUGUGUAAAGCGGCGCCGGGGGUUUGGGCACAGCUGGGCCUAAAUUAAAGCGAACAUUCGGUGAAAUGAA